AAUUCAAGAAACAGACUAUAGAAGAAAAGUGCCAUUUCAUUACAUGUGAGCAACAAAAAUAAACUUGAGUUACCUCUCUUUGAUUAAACACUUUUAAUGGAAAAUGCCUAUCUUAUCAGAUUUUGAAAAGGUUAAUACUUGAUUUAAAAUUGCCAACCAAUGAAAUUGCUAGGUGUUUUUAGACAGGUGAAGGUCAUCAGAUAUUGAAUUUUUAAAGGAAACACAUAGGUAUUGGACUUGGAUUUUUUUCCUAACAUAGCUAUCUUAGGCGAGAGGACAGGAGAAACAUCAAUGGCUACCAAUUCAGCUUUCUGUAAUAUCUGUGAAUUGAGACAUCUUUCAAAUCUGUCAACUCAUUGGUGUCCUGAAUGUGAACAGUCACUUUGUUCCGAAUGCAGGGAACAUCAUGGUGUUGUAAAAAUAAUACGUAAUCAUCAGCUAAUACCAAUCGAAGAUUACCAGAAAUUACCUACCUUUAUAUCUGAACUUCGUCAGAGUUGUCAAGAUCAUAACGAAAAUUACCAGUUAUACUGUCCAACUCACGAAAUCUGUAUUUGCUACAAAUGUAUAAAAUGUCAUGGGAAAUGUGGAGCAGUUCCGCUAGAUGAUGUGUUGAAAGAUAUCAAAACCUCCGAAAUGUAUAAGGACUUAGAACAAAUUAUUACUGAUAUGCUAGAAAAUAUUAAUGAAAUCAAAAAUGACCGACAGGUCAACAUAUCAGACAUCGAAACAGAAAAGGAGAAACAACUGGAAGAGAUCCGUCAAAUGAGAUUAUUAGUCAAUAAUCACCUUGACAAGCUAGAAGAAAAGUUAAAAAUUGAGAUUGAAGAAACAGUCAGAAAAACUACUGAGAAGAUCAGAAAGACUAUAGUAUUAGUUCACGAAACUGAGCAGAAGAUAUCUAAGAAUAUAUCAGACCUAAUUGAUAUUCGGAGUUACGCGUCAGAACUUCAAACUUUUCUUGGAAUGAAAGAAAUGCAAAAUAGAAUAACAGAAAAUGAAAAAAGUAUGCAGUCAUUACUUGACGAUGGUUUUUUACAGCAGAUGGUAAUAAAAUCUGCAAUUGAUACAAAUAUAGGUAACUACUUGUCUGAAAUAAAGGUAUUCGGUUCUGUAGAGAUUCUUACAAAACAAGAGAGAUUGUAUCUCAGAAAGAGGAAAAACAAACAAGCACAACUCUUAGCAGUACAGAAACCAAAAUCUAUUCAAGACAUUUCAUUGAACCGAAUACAAACAAUGACAUCCGAUGGUGGUGCCAUACGAGGUUGCUGUGUCACACCAGAGAAUAAUUUGCUUUUAACACUUCACUCAAAAAGAAAACUAAGUCUAAUGGAUUUUCAUGGGUCCUGUUUAGCCUCUUUUCCAAUUGAAUACGGUGACGCAUACGAUGUUACAUGUCUCGACAAUAACAAUGUUGCUGUCACUUCAGGUAAUUCUAGGUGCUGUGGAAUAAAUAUUAUACAUUUACCUUCUAAGAUAAGAGUAGAGUUUAUCAAUCUACCAGGACAACCGUACAGCAUAGCGAGUAAUGAUAAAAAGAUGUUCUGUGUUGUACAUAACAUGGGUAUAUAUCAAAUUGAUAAAAAAGAUUAUAAAACAUCAAUUUUUAUUAAAGGGGAAUUACCUUAUCAAUCAUUUGUAGUCACUUAUAGAGACAAAAUAUGUUAUUCGAAUGAUAAAAGCUCUGUCAUGUGUACCAACUUUUCAGGAGAAACGCUUUGGGAAUUCAAUUAUAAAAGUGUUCUGCAGCAGCCACGUGGUGGUGCAUUUGACAAUUUUGGAAACCUGUAUAUAACUGGAGAGUCAUCGUAUAACGUUGUAGUCCUGUCAAGUGACGGUAAACAGCAUAGAGAAAUCCUUUCGAGGUCGGACGGUCUACAAGGACCAUCAGCAAUAUUCUUUGACAAAGAUGAAAAUAGGUUGAUCGUCUCCAACGGUAACACUAAAAUCUUAAUUUUCAAUGUUUCUCAACAAAACUAAAAUUCUGACAUCGUUAAAUGUUUGGGAUAACUAAACAUGAUAUUAUUGUCACAGUCUUGGAAUCAUUGACGAAGCAAUUUAAUAAAAAUCUUAGUAGAACUCUGUACUCAUGACUGGUUCUGACGUAAAACAUACAUUAAAAUACAAAACAAACGUGUAUUACUUAAA